AUGGUCGACCGUCGGCCGCUUAUGCAGGAGUCCUCGGACCUCUCUGAGAGCUCAGACAACACGCCCGCCCUGCCUUCGCUCGGCUUCUCCAGCAACUCCCAUACUCUCGGGCUGACUACCCCGCCGCCUGCGCGACCGCACUACGCACGGCUCCAGAGCGAUACCACCGCCGUCGGUCGCAACACACCAAGCAUCGUACAGGAGGAGGACGAGGAGGAAGAUAUCGCAGACAGCUUCCAGCGCGGCAAGGACAGUGGUCUGGGCAUAGCAACAUCCCCUGUUGCGACAACGCAGACAGCCAGGCGCGUUAGCAUACAACCCAUCCCGCGACGAGCCGUCGGUCCUGGCCCCAAGAGCCCGCCCACAAAGAGCCCCGCCGCUUUCUCGCCUCUGGGCUCAGCCGACCCGUACUUUGGAGGCUUCCCCAAGAGCUCCAAUGAGUCCACACCCGAUCUACGACGAGACAGGUUCAGCCCCGACGUUGGCAGAGCGAGUCCCGACGUCGGCACAUACGAAGAGUUUCGGCACGGCAUACUGAAGAACGCAAAGCAAAGCAACAGCAGUAUAAACGAAUACGAAACAUACAUACAUUCCGCUGAUACCGAUGGACUCCGAGGCGGCGGCGCCGCUCCCUCGAUCAAGUCGGCAUACGAGAAUGACUUUCGCCCAACUCAUGAAUGCGCGACUACACGGGACUUUUACCACCCGCGCUUUACCUGGCUCAACCUGUCUUUGAUCGUCAUAUCGCUGUUCUCGUGCUUGUUCUCUGGCAUCUUCUUGGCUCUGGCUAUUCGCACUUUGAUCACCCAUUGGGAGACUGCAAAGUAUGCUGGGCUGUCCUUUCUGGGCAUACUGAGUUUGCUGAGCGCUGUUCUAGCGACGCUUUACUCAUCUGCAGCUGCUGCGACUGUUCAGCCUAUGCUAAGAGAUGGUAAUUGGGAUAAUGGUCUGGUAUUGGCUGGUCGCGUCAAAAGCGACUUCGCAAACAUCAACUACCUUAAGGAAAUGUGUCAAACGCCCAUUCGAACCGACAAGAAUGCCCAAGGAGAAACUUGCCUACAAAUGGAACACGCUGGCCAAGGAUACCACAACUUCCAGCGCUACCUCUCGGAUUGGGAUCUGUCAGCCCGGAAUGGUAACGGCACUUCAGUCCAGAAGUUACGACCCCAAGGCUUUGGGCUUCUGUACGAAAACACUACGGUCACUGGACAGUGGAUCGACAUCGUCAACACUACUGAGGUGUCCCAGAAGCACGGUAGAGUUAUCAACAACGUAACAAUGGCAAUGCCCCACUCAGGCGUCUUCGCUGCUGCCCGCGACCAAAGAAACGGGAUUUUGCAACCUGAAGAGCUAAACUCCGAGGGAACUUACUCGUUGCGCGCUUCAGUACCGUCGCCAGUAUUGAACGUACUGUGCGUAAACAUGAACGAGACAGAGCUAGAGCCUAUUGUAUACGACGCCUGGAACGAUUAUGAGGUUGUCGAUCUUCUUUCUUGGGGAAACGUUCCUGGUAUCAGGGACAACGCAACCACAACCAACAAGACCGUGGUGGAUGAAAUCUUCGGCUGGGACGUGAAUGACACAACAACCACGAAGAACUGGCCGCCCGUCUUCGGCAAAUACCCCUUGCCUUUCAACACAAUCAUGAACCACACUAGCUUUGCCUGGGGACGAUCCGCAAUCUACCUGUUAGGACAAGGAGGACCAGAUGAUGUUGGCAUGGAUGGGACAGGCAUCUUCUCAUUGUGCAAGCUACACCUCACGGUGAGACCAGGAUGCAGUACACGUCAUAACGUCACAGGUUCUGGCGCCACCAUGGAGGCACUUUGCGAAGAUCCCAACGACAAAAAGGCCUUCGUCGAGACAGGAGACGAAGUUAGCGUUAACACAAAGGGCGUGGCUAAUUGGCGCGACAUAGGUACUGACUGGGCCAACAGUCUAUCACUCGGCACAGGCCUCAUGGAUGCCAAUGCGAGUACUUCCAGACUUCUGACACAGUUGGUGUUGAAGCCCACCAAUCCGGAUCCAGAAAACCUUCAGGUUGACCUAAGCAAUGCGAUACCCAGUCUAGGAGAGGCUCUUGCAGUUUUGGCGGGAUGUACUCUGCUGUUGAGUAUGGUGGAUACGCCUUUUGUGACAUUCUGGAACUAUUCCCACCCCAUGCUCGACGAGUACCAAACGCAAUACUUCAAUGCCUCACUCAAAGCCCAACAAUACGCAUCCGGGGGCAUGCCCGGCGCUUCCAAGGCAUGGGUACUCAUCCUUGCUCUCGUCUUCGCCAUGAACGUCUUCGUCCUCAUCUACUUCAUCUUCCACCGCGGCCUGGUAACGGACUUUUGCGAACCGCCCAACCUCUUCGCUCUCGCCGUCAACUCGCCCCCGUCGCACGUCCUCGCCGGCUCCUGUGGCGGCGGCCCAGAAGGCAAACAAUACAUGGUGAAUUGGUUUGUAAACCACGAGGGCAACCACUUAUACAUGGAACCAGGCGAGAAAUCGCAUCUCCUCGGUGGCCACAGCCACGGCCAGCCGCACGUACACAUGCAUGCCCAUACCCACGGCCCGAUACACGAAGCUGCCCCGAGAGAGGUCAAAGGUGUUAACGGCUUCUUCGCCCAGAUAGGCGAAACAGUCAAGCGCAGAUUCAGUAUGAGAGAGCGCUCUGCGCCGACUAAGCUUCGGCCUGCUAGUGCGGUGGAGAGUCUCAGACCCCCUGUGACUGUGAGGCCCGGGAGUAUAGCGUCGGAUUAUGAGAUGGAGGAUGGGCAGACGAGGACGUCGAGGCAGUAUCAGAAGUUGGCGAAGAGGAGGAGUAUGCUUUGA